CAAUGGCUAAUUGGGUUCUCUCUUUUUGCUUAAUUGCUCUCAUUUUCUCUCUCUCCGAUGGUGCUCCUGCAGCUCCUUCAGCUAGUACUAAAUAUCUUGACGGAUUGCUUCCAAAUGGCGACUUUGAGCAAGGGCCGAAGAAAUCAAACCUUAACAAAACGCUGAUCAUAGGCAAAUACUCGCUGCCCAAAUGGGAAAUAGAAGGCUUAGUGGAGUACAUCUCGGGGGGACCUCAGCCGGGUGGGUUUUACUUCGCGGUGCCUCGUGGUGUUCAUGCGGUAAGGCUAGGCAACGAAGCUUCAAUUUCUCAGAGUGUGAAUGUGAAGGCCGGAGUUAUUUAUACGCUCACAUUUGGAGCCACGAGGACUUGCGCUCAAGACGAAGUGCUAAGAGUGUCAGUCCCUGGACAGUCGAGUGAUCUCCCGAUUCAAACACUUUAUAGCAGCGAUGGAGGUGACACUUACGCUUUGGCUUUCAAGGCUAUUUCAAAAGUUGUUAAGGUGACAUUUCAUAACCCUGGGAUUCAGGAGGAUCCCGCUUGUGGACCUCUCUUGGACGCUAUUGCAAUCAAGGAGAUGUUGCCUCUCAAAUAUACCAAAGGCAACUUGGUCAAAAACGGUGGGUUUGAAGUGGGUCCUCAUGUAUUCAAGAACUUUUCAACUGGGGUCCUUCUCCCUCCCAAGCAACAAGACCUAAUUUCGCCACUCCCUGGAUGGAUCAUCGAAUCUCUAAAACCAGUUAAAUACAUUGACAAGAAGCACUUCUUUGUGCCCUCAGGAUUUGCUGCAAUAGAACUGGUAGCAGGAAGAGAAAGUGCCAUUGCUCAAGUCAUAAGGACAAUCCCUAACAAAUUCUACAACCUUACAUUCACCAUUGGAGACGCCAAGAACGCUUGCCAUGGCAACAUGACGGUCGAAGCUUUCGCCGGAAAUAAAACUCUCAAAGUUCGUUUUCAGUCUCAGGGAAAAGGAGGAUCCAAGACAGCAAGUUUAAUAUUCCAGGCCUUAUCUUCCAGGACAAGAAUUACAUUUUACAGUGCAAAUUAUCACACCAAGCUGCAUGAUUUUGGGCAUAUGUGUGGACCUGUUUUGGAUGAUGUUAAAGUUUCUGGGUAUCAUGUUUAGUUAAUUAAAUUUGGAAAAUGGGGACAACCCUUUUGGAAAAAUUUAAAAUGGCCUUGUGAUUGUGAGCUAUUUAAGUUAUAUCCCAAUGUUUUGACUGUACUUUAUGAAUUUGAAAGAUUCUAUCUGCCCAAUAUAAAGUGAAAUAAAAGAACAUAGAAUUAGAGGUACAUCAAGUACAU